UAUAUCAAAACGAUAAUAAUCGUACUCGUGAAUUCACUUUUAUUGUCUACGGUUUUGAUGCACUGAUUUAUCGAUAAUAAAUGUGUAUAUAGGUAUAAAUUAUAUAUCAAUCUAAUGUGUACAGUAUACAUACCCUAUACAAAAUUAAGGUUCCAAACUUCUCAAGUUAUAAAUCUAUUAAAUACUUAUCUAUCUACAAUUUUUAGUUUUUUAUGUAGUAAUUAGUUGCUUCUUACUUCUUUUUUGAUCAAAUUGUUUUAAUAUAGGUAUAUAUACUAUACCUAAUAUACCUAUACAGUGUAUUAGUUUAUGAUUAACAUUAAAAAGUAAUCAGUGAGUUAGUUUUGUAUAUUAUGCAUUUAAGUGUCGCGUAGAUGUCGAGUUAAUGAUUUCGUCUUAAAAAUUGCUUCUUGUAUAAAAAAUAUUGUAUAUUAAUAAUAAGUUUCAAGAUGCACAUUUAAAAAUGAUUUAUUACCGAUUUGUCGAAUUCAUUAGUGUUUAUAUAAUCGCCAUUUCACUCUUUUCAAUCCCAUAUACAAAUGGGAUAAAUAAUAAUUAUGUUAAAAUGUUUCCAAAAAUUGGUGAAAAUGUUACACUAAAAUGUGGCAGCAAUAACAUAAAAAAUUCUAUUGUGUCGUGGAAAAUUAAUCAUAAAGAAUUACCAGGUCAAGCAAAAAUUUUGGAAAAUGGAGAUUUAUUAAUUACAUCGUUUAAUUCAUCAGCUGCUGGUGUUUAUGUAUGUGAUUUAGCAGCUGCUAAUGGCUAUGUUGAGCAUGCUCCACUGGCUGAAUUUGAACUAAAACCAAAAAGUAUACCUGGAUCCUUGUUAGGUGUAAAAGUUAUACCUAGUACUGUAUUAAUGCUCAUCACAUGGAGAAAAAUAGAAAACAAUGAUGAAUCUUCUGUUAAAAAUAUUACCAUUAGGUAUAAAAUUAUAGAUGAUAGAAAUUCAAGAGAUGAUUGGAAUGUUCUUCAAGUAAAUCCAUCUAAGAUGUUCAAAGAUAUUUAUUCGCUACGGCCAAAUACCUUAUAUAAAAUUCAAAUUUGGGCCAGCAAUGAAAUAGGCGAUGGGGCCAAAACUGAAUUGACCACUAAAACAUUAAACGACAUGACAGAAUCUGAAUUAGAAAAACACCUUUUGGAAGGUAUUGAUACAUUUGAUACCAGAGCGUGGACAUUUGCAGUAAUUGUGAUCAUGAGUACCUUUAGUAUAUUUGUAAUAGCAUUGUGUUGCUUAUUUGUCAAGGAUCCCAGAGUUCAGAAAAGAUUGGAAAAUAGUGAUGAUGUUGAACGAAUUGAGUUAAUACCAAAUAUUACUAUAAAUCCUGGUUAUUGUGAAACAUAGCUAAGAUUUGAAUACACUGAUACUAAUUUUUGAAUCGGUGUGUAAUCAAAUUGCUGGUGAUUUGGAAAAUUUGGUGAUUUAGCUUGAUAAAUUGUUUGUAUUGUUUUUUUAGUUUUGACAUUUGGUUUGAUUUUUGAAUCAUAUAUAAAUUAAAAAUUAGACUAUUUUCAAGAUCUUUUUUUAAAAUAACGUUAAGGUUUAAACCACAGAUUAAAUAUAUCAGUAUAUAAAUUACUAGUAAAUAUAUUACAUUUUAAUCUAUGUCCAAAAUGAUACAUACCUAUUUUGUAUAUUGAUCUGUGAAUUUUUUUAGUAAAAAUUUAGGUUAUAUUUGUGCUAAAAAUAUCAAGUUAUUUGAUCUGAGAUUUAGGAAAAAUUCUAAGUCAUUAUAUUUAAUUAACGUCAUGUUAGUCUUAUAGUAUUUAAGAGGUGCUUUUAAGUGUAGGGUGCUUUCUAAAGUAUAACAAAAUAGUUAUCAAAAUACAUAUUACAUAGAAUUAGACUAAAUCGUAUUUUGAUAAACCACACAAUAUUUAUUUUGUAUUAUAUUUAUUCACAGGGUUAAUUAAUUCCAUUUUUAAGUAAUGUUUAUAUUAAAUAACUUAAAAUUUUCCAUACCUUAAAAAUAAAUAUAAUGUUUAUUUUUCAAUUUUCAAUUUGUUGAUUAACUUGUCAUACAAAACUUAUUUCAUUGUUAAUCGUAAAAAUAUCUUAUCUUAUUUCUAUUUAUAUUAUUACCAUCCUAUUUUA